CAGCCAUGGCGGCGGCGGCCGAGCGGGGCCGCCUCAGCUUCCCCGGCGGUGCCGGGGCCCUGGGGCGGCCCGUGCCUAUGAACCUCUUCGCCACGUGGGAGAUCGACGGUUCCAGCCCGAGCUGCGUCCCCAGGUUGUGCAGCUUGACUUUAAAGAAACUGGUAGUCUUAAAGGAAUUGGAUAAGGAGCUUAUUUCUGGGGUCAUUGCUGUCAAAAUGCAGGGCUCCAAGCGCAUCCUGCGGUCUCACGAGAUUGUAUUGCCCCCGAGUGGACAUGUGGAGACAGAGCUUGCACUGACCUUCUCCCUGCAGUACCCUCACUUCUUGAAGAGAGAAGGCAACAAGCUUCAGAUCAUGCUGCAGCGGCGGAAGAGGUACAAGAACCGAACCAUUUUAGGCUACAAGACUCUGGCUGUGGGGUCUAUCAACAUGGCUGAGGUCAUGCAGCACCCAACAGAAGGUGGCCAGGUUCUGAGCCUUUUCAGCAACAUCAAAGAGGCUGCAGUGAAGGUAGCAGAAAUCUGGAUCUUCUCCUUGUCCAGUCAGCCAAUCGACCAUGAAGACAGCACCAUGCAGGCCAGCCAGAAAAUCAAGUCUACAGACAACUAUUCCGAGGAAGAGUACGAGAGCUUCUCUUCUGAGCAGGAGGCCAGUGAUGAUGCCGUACAGGGCCAGGAUUUGGAUGAUGAUGAGUACGAGCUGGGGAAGCCCAAGAAGCAGCGGAGAUCGAUAGUAAGAACGACGUCCAUAACCAGGCAACAAAACUUCAAACAGAAGGUUGUGGCAUUGCUGAAGAGGUUUAAAGUGUCUGAUGAGGUUCUGGAUUCAGAGCAGGACCCAGCAGAGCACGUUCCAGAGGUGGAGGAGGAUUUGGACCUUCUAUAUGACACACUGGAUAUAGAGAACCCCAGUGACAGCGGGCCAGAAAUGGAGGAUGAUGACAGUGUCUUGAGCACUCCAAAGCCAAAGUUAAAACCUUAUUUUGAAGGACUGUCACACUCCAGCUCUCAGACAGAAAUUGGUAGCAUCCAUAGCAUCAGGAGCCAGAGAGAGCCAUCAAGUCCUCAGGUAGAAGUGCCUGAAAAGACAAAGAGUCUUGGAACCAAACAUACAGGAGACAGUAUUUCUGACACUGUCCCUUAUGAGUCUAACCAGCAAGCUGAGGUCCAGGAGGCUGAACUCCCCACACCAGACGUGUUUGUUGAGAAGCUCCCACCCAGCGGGAAGAUCACUAAGACAGAGUCCCUCAUCAUCCCGUCCACCAGCAGGUCUGAAGGGAAGCAGACGGGACGUCGGGGAAGAAGCACAUCUCUGAAGGAGAGGCAACCAGUGAGGCCACAGAACGAGAGAGCCAACAGCCUGGACAAUGAGCGCUCUCCAGACACCCGGCACCACUUACAGAUCCCCAGGAAAACAGUGUAUGACCAACUAAAUCACAUCCUGGUUUCCGACGACCAGCUGCCAGAAAACAUUAUUCUUGUCAAUACAUCUGACUGGCAAGGCCAGUACCUAUCAGAUGUCUUGCAAAAGCAUACAUUGCCAGUGGUCUGUACAUGCUCCUCUGCUGAUAUUCAGGCAGCUUUCAGCACUAUUGUCUCCAGGAUACAGAGAUACUGUAACUGCAAUUCACAGCCUCCAAACCCAAUUAAAAUUGCAGUGGCAGGAGCCCAGAAUUACCUCAGUGCUGUAUUGAGGCUCUUUGUAGAGCAGCUGUCUCACAAAACUCCCGACUGGCUCGGCUACAUGAGAUUUUUGAUCAUCCCUCUAGGCUCUCAUCCAGUGGCCAAAUAUCUGGGGUCUGUAGAUUAUAGAUACAACAACUUCUUCCAAGAUCUAGCCUGGAGAGAUCUAUUCAACAAACUUGAAGCACAGACCACUGUUCCAGAGGCGCCCGAUGUCGUCUCCCGGAUAACCCAGUACAUAGCAGGGGCAAACUGUGCACAUCAGUUGCCCAUUGCUGAAGCCAUGCUGACAUACAAACAGAAAAGCCCUGACGAAGAAUCUUCGCAGAAGUUCAUUCCCUUUGUUGGGGUGGUGAAGGUUGGAAUAGUGGAACAAUCUUCUGCAACAUCAGGUGACUCUGAUGAUGCAGCUCCCUCAAGCUCCAGUGUCCUUUCUUCUACCCCACCUUCUGUAUCUCCUGCUGUGAAAGAAGCCUCCCCCACACCCCCUUCCUCACCAUCUGUUACAGGCAGCUUCUCGUCCUCAAGCCAGGGCCUCGGUGCUGAGUUGAUGGGCCUGCAGGUGGAUUACUGGAUUGCAGCUCCACCCAUGGAUAGAAAGAGAGACCCGGAGAAGAAGGACCCCUCCACUACCAAAAACACACUGAAAUGCACUUUCCGGUCCCUCCAGGUCAGCAGGUUACCUGCCAGUGGGGAGAUUACCACCACUCCAACCAUGUCCAUGACUGUUGUGACAAAAGAAAAGAACAAAAAAGUGAUGUUUUUGCCCAAGAAAACAAAAGACAAGGAGGUUGAGUCAAAGAGCCAGUGUAUUGAAGGAAUCAGCAGGUUGAUUUGCACAGCAAAACAUCAGCAGAACAUGCUGCGUGUCCUGAUCGAUGGGGUGGAGUGGAAUGAUGUCAAGUUCUUUCAGCUGGCAGCACAGUGGUCCUCCCAUGUCAAGCACUUUCCCAUCUGCAUAUUUGGACACUCCAAAUCUAACUUCUAGCUGUGCUCGGCGGAGGGACCUUCUGCCUGUCCCAGGGACUGCACACCAGGAGCCAGGAACUGCGUGCCAACUCUGACUCGCGUCGCUCUGCCCUCUCCUGCAGAAUUAAUUACAGAUGUGCUUGGAUUACUUUUGAAUUACUUUUUUCUAUUAACUCUUAAGUUUACUACAAGGGAAGGAAACCCCUUUAAACAAAGGCAAAAAAA